CCUACACUGCACACAACACCAACCAAGAACAUGUAGCUUUAUUGGAGCAACAAAGUUAUUUUAGCCCUGUGUGCUGGGAUUCUUCAGUACCACAUCUGGCCCAGCUGUUCAGCUGCAGAGUCUACAGCUUCACAUUGAAUCCCUCAGUGAGAGAUGGAAAAAGUGCGAUUUUUGUACAUGUGUACGUGUGUGUGUCUGUGUGUGUGUGCAUUGUCUCCUCUGAAGAAUGAGUCUGGAAAUUCUUUUCCACUGUGCUAUAAAGAGCUUAUGUAUGUGUACAUGUAGUUUCAGGCAUUAAAAGUGGAAUAACUGAAAUGCAGAAGUGCAGAUAAGAGCAAGUGAGUAAAGAGACUGUAAUGAAAAACCAAUCUCAGCAGACACAUUCGUUUAAGGAGAAAUCUGCACAGGAAAGGCCCCGGUGCCCACUGCUCAGUUACUUCACAGCCAGAUAAAUCUGCAUGAGUGUACAACCAAAGAGAGACACACAGAGAGCCUUUACUUUGCUUCAUCGUCAUUUUUCUUCUGUCUGGUUUCUCGUCGUCCAGAGCUAGCAGAGGAGAAAACAGCGGAAUAGAUUUGAACAGCGCUGGGGAGGUGUAGCUUUCACACGCUGAGACCCCCACCCACCUCCCUCCCUCCCUCUCGGUCUCUCUCUCUCUCUCCCUCGGUCAGCGCGUGCCUCUCGGUCUGAGCAGCAGCUCGUGCUCAAGUGGAAACGCACACCGCAAACGCACUCACUGCUGAACGGGCGGCACGAGACUCUUCCUCACCUCCAUCACCACGCGUCACUUUCUUCAGUGCAUGGAGGGAUGCUAAACAGGAAGGCUUCAUCACCGCCGCCACCACCAUCAUCAUCACCGUCAUCCUCAUCUGCGGGAGAGAGAGAGAGGAGCAGCGGUUCUCCGUGGGCUGAAAAAGUUGAGCAAGAUAGGGUUUAUUAAAGGAGCACCGGAGGGGCUUGUGCCCGGCGUUAACGCGGGAUAAUCCACCCGGCACGGUCCGAUCCUACUUUGGAGUGUGCAGGACCUGGUGCUGAGUGGGAUUUGUUAACGGUGCUUUCCAGGAUCGUUCCGUGCACCGUCCCCGGUGCUGACUCUGACCUCCGGAGUGUUUGUUUUUUUAUCCAUUUUUUUUCUUUUUCUUUACGAUCGGCCCGUUAUUGUUAUUACUGUUAUUAUUAACGGGUCCGGUGUUUAAUCCCAUCGGUGUGAGCUGGAUCUGGUCUCUGGCGGUUUAACGGGAUCCCCACAUGUGCCAGCGGAUCAAUAACAGCUUCCUGGCGUUUAUCUGUGAACUCCCGUCAUGUCCCUGAUGGAUUUCUUCCACAUCACACGCACUUAAUGGAUUUCUAACGGUAGUGUAACGAAUCCCGGGACCGUCCCGGGUGGACUUGAGGGUUAGUUUAUUGACCGACGGUAACCUCAGCCCCCUCCCCGGGGACAGAAACAGCCCGCAGGUAAAAGGCAGGUGUUCACAUCUGGGUUACCGAGGAAAACGGGACGUGUAGCAGAGAAUGCGCGUUCCUUCUCGGGACUGAAGUGAGUCUGACUAAUAGCGGAUCACCCCCGGAGAGGUUCCCUUCCACCCCGGGGACCGACUGCCGUUUAAAACGGACACGGAGAUCAUCGCUUCCUAGCGGGGGCGAGAGAAGAGAAGUUACCGGGGGACCAGAGGAGUUUUUUCUUCUUAUAAUAUUUACCGAUGAACCUGUAAUGUUUGGACAACUUCACGAUCAAUAUCUGAGUGAUUUCACUGAAGGAACUGACUGAUUGAUGGUGGAUUUUAAAAAGGGGGUUUUCAGCUCUUUCUCCGGAUUUCUGUCCCCACCGAGCGGCAUCCGUGUAACCAAUACAAUCCUGGGUUAUCAAUCAGUUUUAAUCCAGCUUCCAUCCGUCAGGCUCAUGAGCUGGAAAGCUGGGAUCGUUUAGACCUCGUGGAGUAGCCGAGUGAAUUAUCUCCUCCACGGUGAAAUAAACCCACAUGCUGGCCGUAAAUUAUCCACUUAACCCCCCUCAGGAGAGGAAAAAGAGAGAGAGAGAAAGCGAGCGCUAUAGACACAGACCGCAGCGAGAGAGUUAUUACCGUUAUUAAACUGCACCUUUAUCAGCAGCAAAGCUAAUUUUAAUUUGAAAUCCAUCUUAGAAAAGGGGUCAAACGGAGGCGCGUCCUCAAUUUUUAACAGCAACUUUAAGUUUGUGUGACACGGAAGUCACUACAAAACUGAACUUUCAAGACAAGAUUACAGAAGUAUUCUGGUUUGAGACAAAGCCCAACGAAAACUGUGUUUUACAAAUUAAUCUUGAGUGUGUAAUAAAAAAACAAAGACAAAAAACUGUAUUUCUUGACAAAGAUCCGAAUUCAAAACUGUAUUUUACUCAAAAUAAGAUCUGAAAGUAUGCUGGUGUGACUUUGAUUUGAUUAAUUCUUCAUUUGAUUUCAAACCUGAAAUGUAAUCAUAAUAAUCUCCAAGAGACUUAUAACACGUCUUAAUGUCUUGUAAGUUAUUAUAAUCUUCGACUGUAACAUUAUGAUAAUCCCAUAAUAGUCCGAAAGGGAUUUAUUUAUGGUUUAUUGCGGAUGUGUAAGAGCUUUAACUCAGAGCAAAUUAACUUUACUCGUACCUUGGGAAAACUACCUGCCGCUUUAACCCCCUUGUGUUCAUUCAGACUUUGGUUGAGGGUUUUUGACUUGGUAACGUGGCCAUUAUUAAAGUUCAAACUGAUGAUUUCCAUCAUCCAUAAGUGACUUUAAUUUACAAUCUGAGAAGAAAUCCAGAUAAGGUUGCUUUUACAGCAUAAGGCUUUGUUCCCAGUUUUAUACCUUGUGGUGGUUAAGUGUUUAGCUUACCCGGCUGAUUUCCAGUCUAUGGAUGAUACGCUCACUGUAUAGCCACAUCCUCAACGGCAUACCUCCUCCGCUCCGUCCCCCUCCUCCUUCUCCUUCUCAGCCUUCACUGCUCUUGAAAUCGAGCCAUGCAGCAUUGAUUUUUUUGUUUCUGUUCACCGCAAAACCAAAACGCACAUGACCAUCUCAUUUUUUCUGGUUUUUCAGUUUGGUUGGCUGAAAUGUAAGACGUGCCGCAGUGCUGAUUUUUAACAUCUAGGCAGAACUCAAGGACGUUCAUAACAGUCCAUCAGCAGCAAGGUCAGAGUUCAGUUUUUCAGAUAUAUAACUCCUGGAGUUUCAGCAGCACAGACUGAUAGGCUGACAGGCUGAAUCAAGACUGGAAUCUUUGGGACGAUCAAAACACAUUCAAUCACAUCAAGUUUACUGUAAACAAGCUGGAAUCUGACCUGUGCAUAAAUGAAUAGUUUUUUGAAUCAGAAUCUGUUUCUGCCACUGAACUUUGAGAUUAUUUCUUUGCUGUUCUAGUGAAAUUUCAAGCUAAAUGGGACUAAACGACAGCAGCCCGGGAGCCAUGCGGAACGGCCGUGGCCUCUCGGAUCAGUGGGCAGAAUCAGUGGUGGUCCGGCCUCGAACCACUGAGCGCCACAUAACGGUGCACAAGCGCCUGGUGCUGGGCUUUGCCCUCUCCAUACUCACCCUCAUUAUCGUAACAGCAGUAGCUGUGGUGCUCAGCGUCCAAUUUGAGGCCUGUGGUACACGAGAUCGUGAUGAAACAACUGGAGAGCCGAGUUCCCGAGGCCCCGGUGGGUCUGCAAAGUUGAAUGGAGGCAGAGGGGAAAGGAUGGGGGAGAAAGGGGAUGAAGAGGUGGUCCAGCCGUGGAGAAACUCACGAUUACCGGGCUCGGUGAGGCCUCGGCACUACGACCUGCGGCUUGCCGUCUACAUGGACAACUUCACCUUCUCUGGAGAAGUCAGCAUUGAACUGGAGUGCAUCAAUGCCACCCGUUUCAUUGUGCUGCACGCUGAUCGCUUAGAGGUGGACCGGGUGACAGUUACUGCUGAGGGCGGUGUUGGAGGUCGUCCUUCCAACAGGCCCGGGGGUGGAGUCAUGCGUAUCCACCGACACUUCCCCUUCCCAGCCAAUCAGAUGUACGUGGUGGCACUGCACCGCGAGAUGAAGCCGAUGAGGGUUUACCGGCUAAACGUGAGCUUUGAUGCUGCCAUCGAGGACGAGCUGCUGGGCUUCUUCAGGAGCUCAUACACAAUGCAGAGAGAGAGACGCUACUUGGCAGUAACUCAGUUCAGUCCUAUCCAUGCCCGGAAGGCCUUCCCCUGCUUUGAUGAGCCUGUCUACAAGGCCACAUUCUCCCUCACCCUCCGCCACGACCCACAGUACACCUCGCUGUCCAACAUGCCGGUGGAGAGCAGCUCGCUGUCGGAUGAGGACGGCUGGUUGACCAAUCACUUUGCCCGGACGCCCCGCAUGUCCACGUACUACUUGGCCUGGGCUGUUUGCAACUUCACCUACAGAGAGACGCAGACGGACAGCGGCGUGACGAUCCGUCUCUAUGCCCGGCCGGAUGCCAUUUUGAGCGGAGCAGGGGACUACGCCCUCCACAUUACCAAGAGGCUCCUCGGAUUUUAUCAGGACUACUUCAAAGUCCAGUACUCUCUGCCUAAACUAGACUUGUUGGCUGUGCCCAAACACCCCUACGCCGCCAUGGAGAACUGGGGCCUGAGCGUCUUCGUGGAGCAGAAGAUCCUGUUGGACGCAGACGUGUCGUCCUCAUCCUAUCAGAUGGAACUCACCAUGGUGGUAGUCCACGAGAUUUGUCACCAGUGGUUCGGUGAUCUGGUGACUCCAGUGUGGUGGGAGGAUGUUUGGCUAAAAGAAGGUUUUGCUCAUUUCUUCGAGUACGUCGGGACUGACUUUCUCUUCCCAAAGUGGAACAUGGAGAAGCAGCGCUUCUUGACUGAUGUCCUUCAUGAGGUGAUGCUGCUGGAUGGCCUAAGUUCCUCCCAUCCAAUCUCCCAGGAAGUGGAACAAGCGACAGACAUUGACCGCGUCUUUGACUGGAUUGCCUACAAAAAAGGGGCGGCACUGAUCCGGAUGCUUGCUAACGUGAUGGGGCAGCCGCUGUUCCAGAAAGGACUCAAUGAUUAUUUGCUGAGUCACAUGUACAGCAACGCUGCCAGAGACGACCUGUGGAGGAAACUGUCUCAGGCCAUGCGCUCAGAGGGCCGAGACAUUGAUAUCGGGGAGAUGAUGGACAGGUGGACUCUACAAAUGGGCUACCCUGUUGUCACCAUCAGCAAGAACCAAUCAGAGCAGCUCCCUACGUAUUACAUCACAGUCAGCCAGGAGCACUUCCUGUAUGGAGAGGAAGUCAGAAAAAACAACAGUUUACAGUGGCAGGUCCCUCUCACAGUCGCCGUGGGAAACACAUCCGCCGUUUGUUCAGAGUCUCUCAUCUGGAUCAACAACAAGACAGAAACCCACAGGAUUGGUCAGAUGGAUGACAGCACAUGGUUGGUAGGCAACAUCAAUCAGACGGGCUACUUCCGCGUGAACUAUGACCUCCAGAACUGGAAACUGCUGAUUCAGCAGCUGCACACCAACCCCCAGAUUAUCUCCGUUGGAAACAGGGCAGGACUUAUCGAUGAUGCUUUUAACCUGGCCAGGGCGGGGUACCUGCCACAGGGUGUUCCUUUGCAGCUGAUUGGCUAUCUGCCAGAGGAGACGUCCUUCCUUCCAUGGCACGCUGCCAGCCGAGCGCUCUACCAGCUGGACAAACUGCUGGACCGCACAGACGAAUACAGGCUGUUCAGUGACUAUGUGCUGAAGCAGGUUGCAUCGCGGUACCAUCAGAUGGGUUGGCCAACGAAUGGCCCCGGCACAGAGGGCAACGUCCUGCAAGCAUCCUACCAGACUGAGGAGUUGCAGAGAGAGCUUAUCAUGUUAGCGUGUAGCUUUGGAAACAAACAGUGCCACCGUCAAGCCGUUGCCUACAUCUCUGACUGGAUCUCCAGCAACAAAAACAGGAUUCCUCCUAACAUCCGAGACAUAGUUUACUGCACCGGAGUCAGCCUGAUGGACGAGGAUGUGUGGGAGUUCAUCUGGAUGAAGUUUCACUCUUCCAACGCCGUUUCAGAGAAGAAGAUCCUGCUGGAGGCUCUGACCUGCUCAGACAACACUUUCCUCCUCAACAGGCUGCUGAACCUGUCUCUGACCUCAGACCUGGUCCCAGAGCAGGAUGUGAUUGAUGUCAUCAUCCACGUGGGUCGAAACCCUCAGGGUCGGAACCUGGCUUGGAGGUACUUCAGAGAGAAGUGGGACAUCCUGAACGCGCGAUACGGUGAAGCUUUGUUCAUGAAUUCAAAACUCAUCAGUGGAGUCACAGAGUUCCUCAACACUGAGCGAGAACUCAAUGAGUUAAAGGAGUUCAUCCUGUCCAGUGGUGUGGGGGCGGGGCCUGCGUUGCCACGAGCGCUGGAAAUUGUCGAGGGCAAUGUGCGCUGGCACCGCCUCCACCGGCGGCAGUUCUACCAGUGGCUACGCAAACCUCCGAGUACCACCUUCGGCUAACACCAUGCCAGCCAGCUAAAGUGAAGUGACUGCAAACUGACUGCUAUGCUAACGCCAUGCUAGCUACCAGAUGCAGUCAGACAGAAGAAAAGACAGACUGAAAGAUCAAGAACACUGGGUUGACUGGUUUUGAUUUUUUUUAAAGAACCUUGAUUUCAAUCUUUUUAGCUCUACUGGAUUGCUUUCCUCCACUUGUGGCUGAUGUGGUUAAAUUGGUUUCUGUGCUAUGUUUAGACUGCUUUAAGGGUAGUCAUUGAGACAAGAACCAGCUGUCAGAUUAAAAACAGCCAACAACCACGUGAAAUGACUAAGAUUUUUAUAAACAACAAAAAAAAAACAAAGUUGUAUUUCAGCUAGGCUUCAUUAGACACAGCCCAUGGGGGACUACUUACUGUGGUAUUAGCAGUCACGGGUGGUUCUUUCUGAGGUUGACAACGCAUUUAGAUAUAAAUGGUUUAGUGAGUUUUCCCUUUAAAACAUCUAAUAUGACACUGAUGUUUGAUACUAGCUUUUCUUUUGAUCAAAAAAUGGGAACACAACCAGUAUUGAAUAGUCAAAAAGUUUAUUCUGUUCAUUUGGACAUAGCAUGUUCAGUGGGAGAAACAUUUUGUCGCUCAUCCAAGUGACUUCUUCAGUCUCAGCCACUCAAACCAGCGUUCCUCCCUGUCCAGGAUGUGUACAUCCUCAUCACUGAAAGAGUGUUUACUGGCCUGUAGGCAUAGAUAGACUACAGAGUCCGGGACUGACAAGUUAGCUCUUCUGUGUUGUGCCAUCCGCUUCGCCAGAGGUUCCCCCCCCCCCCCGAUGUAUAAAUCAUGGCAGUCCUCCUGGCACUUAACAUCAUACACUAUAUUACUCUGUUUGUGUCGGGGACCCGAUCCUUGGGUGGACCAUUUUUUGGUAGCGUUUGGUAGCUCAGCGAGUUUUGGGGUUUAAAAUCCACAGCGACUCGGUGUUUAGAAAAAAUGCGUCUUAACUGUUCCGAUACUCCUGACACAUAAGGGAUCACUACGGGGUUUUGCAGUUGUCCUUCUCUCCUAGAUCGCCUGGAACUUUCUUUAGGUGCCUUCCCAGCUUUGACAAUUGUCCAGCUGGGAUAACCGUAUUUUACUCAGGACCUUCUUGAUAUGAUGUUCUUCUGCUUCCCUGGCCGCUGUAUAUGAGGGAUGGUGAUCGCUAUGUGUUGUAGCAUCCUAAAUGACACCCAGUUUGUGCUCCAGUGGAUGAUGAGAGUCAAACCUUAAAUACUGAUCCACAUGGGUAGGUUUACGGUACACGUCAGCUUUUAAAUGUCCCCCAUUACUGAUGGAAAUCUCACAGUCUAAGAAUGCUAACCUGUCAUAUCCUCCCUGGUGAAUUUGAUGUGUUGGUCCACUGAGUUUAUGUGAUCAAUGAAUUGUGGUACGUCCUGAGAUUUGAUCUCACCCAGGUGUCAUCCACAUACCUGAACCAAUGACUUAGUGGUGUUCCAGCCUGAGACUGUAGAAGUCACUUGGAUGAAUGACGAAACGUUUCUCCCAUGGAAAACGCUACGUCCAGAAACAGAAUGAACUUUUUGGGAUACCUGGAUGAUUAAGCAUGCAUCAAGACAUUGGAUUGUAUGGUUUCAAUCACACAAUGCAAUGAAUUGAAUAGAAAGGAUUCAAAAUAGACCUUUCAACAUAUCCAGAACAAAGAAAAUUUUACUCUCACUUUGACAAAUCAUAGGUGUAAUUGUCUGCAUUUUGAUUGGCUGAUUAAAGAUGCAACUUGCAGUUUUCAGUCCUUCAAGGCUCUGAUUCUCACAACGUCCUUGCUAACCAAAGAUCCAGAACAGCUUAAUCAGUCUGGCCUGUGUUCAGCACAUUAAACCGGCUGACGGUAAAAGGCAGACACCCUGGCAGUUAGGGGCAUGUCGAUCAUUGAACAGAGCUGUAAUUAACACUACAUGGACUUGGUGUCUUCUGAUAACACUCAGAGCACUGAUUCACACUCAUUAACUCUCCACAGAAUUCAUACCGUUCGGCCUGAAAUUAAAGGGCAGCUUUUUUUUUCAUGAUCAAAGACUCAGCUUUUGAAAAUAUCAGUGGGUUCGGGGGGGGGGUGUUGGGGCCUCGUUUCAGAAAUGUCCCCUGAAUAUAAAAAGCUCACAGCACAAAAGCUCAAACAAAAUUUCCUCUAAACCAGAGAAAACACUUAAUGCUGAAGAAUAAUAAUGGUCGAGCAAAGGUCUGUUUUCUUUUCUAUAAGCAAAACUGGACAGCAUUUUGAAGGAGACUUUAAAAGCAGGCCUAAAACAGCCUUGGUACAUAAAGGGGGUGUUGGGUUUAAGCAAAAGCACAAAGGAGGCUGAAUAGGACAAGGUUUACAAUUUCCUAUAAAUUAGUUUUUCUAUUUAAAGUUGUUGACAGCAACUACAAAAACAGAAUUUACCAUGAAAGGUAUUUCCCAUUUGCCAAUAUGUAAGUCUGUAUUCUGUGCCCUCUGUAGGAUUAAAUAUGCUACCUGACAGAAAAUCAAAAGAAAAAGUAUUUAAAUGCAUUUGUUUUUCAUUUGUAAAGGCAAAGAAAGCAGGAAAAGAAAAACAAAUUCAAAUGUAAAAUGAAUACAGCUCUCAUUAGCCUGGUCUGAAAAAUAGGAAAUAUCCAGUUAACAGCAGUUCUUUCUGAGAACACUGUUGAUGUCAGAGGUCAGAGGAGAAUGACCAGACUGCUCUGAUAGGAAUCUGAUAGCAAGACAGCAGUAACCCAAAUAAUCACUCAUUACUAUCAAAGUAUGCAGUACAGCAUCUCUGAAUGCACAACUAAUUUGGCAUUCAUAGACUUAAAUGGAAAAAGACUCACAUUAGCAUGAUCCAGUUAACUUUCAGGGGGCUAAUUCUAAAAAUACUAAUUCAUAGCCCUAAGCUAUCAUAAUAUAUAAUUUAUAUUCUUUAAAAGAAUCUGUGUGUUUACUUGUUUGGAACAAGUAAAACACUUUUUUUUUUCCUUUUCUCCAACACAUUGGGUUAGAGAUAUUUUUUUUGGUACAUGUAAUCUUAAAUUAAAGACACCUGCAUCCACACACUUGGCAAGCUACCAGAAGGGGUCAGGUGUAAUUGUAAUAGUUUCCCCGAAUGCUUCCCACUUCAAAUCUGUCAGCCAGUAAACCUGCUAUUUAUUUUGUGACCUCCUAAAGUCUGACAAACUCCUCAGAGAGAUUAAUUGAAUGACAGAUGGAUGAGAAUGUUGGAAUCAUUCCUUGUGGAGAACUGAGAAGAGCCAGGGGACUGUAAAACUGACAGAGCAUCUCAGAAAGCUUUUUCUGGCUGACAGCAAUCUUGGAAAUUAAAUCAGUGACCAAAUAACAACUCAAAAAGAUUUCUGUGGUUUUACAAAGCACAAAACCAGAAAGUUGUUGGACAAAAGCACAUCAGCCUCAACUUCUGGACAAAACUGACAGUCACUAAUAAGAUAUUUUUUUGAGCCAGUCAAUGGUUAGAUAUCAGUAAACCUGUUUUUUGUAAACCUGAUGGACAAAUCAGUGAGUAGAGUCAAAAUGAAAGAUGGUCAAAUGAAACGUCCAACGAGACAGCUGAGAGCAUGUUGUUUAGAGAAAUGUGUUUAGUGUUGUUAUAUGCAGAUGAUGUGGCUUUUUAAACACAGUUGUACUCAUGUUGAUGUGACAGAUUGAAGGUCAUCAUCAGUGGACUUAUUUAAAGACAGGCAAGUGUAAUCCUACAAAGUUCACAAAGUGAUUUACUGAUGAAAUGCAAAGCCUGAUGAACCUGGCAUUUCAAGAUAUUUGUUUGCAAAGAUAAGUUCUGUGUUGAGGAGCAUGCACUUUGGCAGAGUUGAUGCCAUAUGGGACAGCUUUACUUUUGCAGGGUGAUGGAUUACAAAGUACAACAGACAGUGUACAACAGCACUGACCAUACACGCGGUCAGUCGUGCACGAGUGUCGUAGGUCUGACUGCUUUGUGGAGCCUGUACAGAUUCUGCUGCGCUACAAAAUACAAAGCAGAAUGGAGGUGUUGGCUGCGUGACGGAAAUGUGACAGAUUCUGCAGAUCAAAGGAUUUCUGAUCAUUGUGGAUUGUACAGUAUAAUGGGCUCUGCACUGCUGUGGACUGUGUGGCUAAGAGUCUUGCAGCAUGACGGAUUUAAAAGCACAAUGGACUUUCAAGGGAGUAGAUUUCUGAUUUUGCCCUGCUGAGUUUUAAAUGUAAAUGAUUCUGUGGACUCGAGAGUCUUAGGAACAUGAGCUGGACACAAAAAUGCCUGAAGAGAACACCUGUGAAACCUUUGGAAAUGUGACUUUUAAGAAGUUUAAAAAAAAAGGACUUUUAAUGUUUGUUGCAUUGAACUUUCGUCCAGUGGAGCAGACUUUGAAGUUGUUCCUCUUCUCUUCGAUCCAGCUUUGAUGUUAAUAAUUGAGCCAUAUACAAAUUAAUGGACCUGCCUGCUUCUAUAAAAUGUGUGUCCAGUGACGUAUGUUGAUGUGCGUGUGUGAACAUGAAGAAAACAGCAGUUUUGAUGAUGAGAGCCACAUUACCAGUCAUGAUUAAAUGAUUAUAAUUAUGAUGGUGGAACUAAUGAUGAUGGGUGACUCAGUGAUGACAAAUGUUGAUGAUGUGAAAAAGCUAAUUAGUAUUAUUCUAAUUAUUAUACUAAUUAUUCAGUGCAUUUUCAACCUUUUAUUGUCCAUUCAGGGAAGUUUGGUCUACAGACACAAAGCACACAAUAAAUCUGCCCUGUGUAUAAUAAACACUGUAAAUUAUUCAACUGUGAUGACUUUGAAAUUAAAAUGUGGACUACAAAGAUGUUGAUGCUGAAAAUCAUAAUAAUGGUGGUGGUGGUAAUGAUGAAGAUGAUGAUGAUGUUUAUGGCUUAGGACCAAAAUCUGAAAGACACAGGAAGUCCUACACAAGCCUUUAAUCCUACUUCCUGUUUACUUUUCUUUGGUUGUGUUUUCUGAUUGGACAAUAUUAAAACAAAAAUGGUUA